AUGGAAUCUGACCGUCAACCCAUCUUACAGUCGACGCAACCACCACCAUUGUUGUCAGAAUGGCAGUCCGCCGCCUUUGAGUCUUACUCUGAACUCGAAAAGAUAUUGUCAAACAAGCAAUUAGCUUACUUGAAGCGUCUAACAUUAGCCAGUAAGAUUGAACUUAAGUUACUUUUUCACCUUGCUGCACCGGCAAUUAUGGUGUACUUGAUUAACAACUUGAUGUCCACGUCCACUAGAAUAUUCGCCGGUCAUGUUGGCAAUCUUCAGCUCGCCUCCGCCACUCUUGGCAACAACGGCAUCCAACUAUUUGUUUUCGGCAUCAUGCUUGGAAUGGGCAGUGCGGUUGAAACACUCUGCGGCCAAGCUUAUGGUGCCCACAAGUACGAUAUGCUCGGUGUCUACCUACAAAGAUCAACGAUCGUCCUCACUCUGACUGGAAUCCCAUUAACGGUGAUCUACGUCUUCUCAAAGAAAAUCUUGCUCUUGCUGGGCGAAUCAACGGAGGUGGCAACGCAAGCGGCAAAUUUCGUCUACGGUCUCAUCCCACAGAUCUUCGCGUACGCCAUCAACUUCCCAAUACAGAAAUUCUUGCAAUCACAGAGCAUUGUGGCCCCCAGUGCCUGCAUAUCCGCGGCUACUCUUGUGGUGCACAUACUGUUAAGCUGGGUCGCGGUGUACAAGAUUGGGUUGGGCUUGUUGGGUACAUCUCUUGUGUUGAGCUUGUCGUGGUGGAUCAUAGUCUGGGCCCAGUUUGUGUACAUAGUGAUGAGUGAUAAGUGCAAGACGACGUGGACUGGGCUUACAUUUGAGGCUUUCUAUGGGCUUUGGGAUUUUCUGAAAUUGUCGUCUGCAUCUGCUGUGAUGUUGUGCUUGGAAGCGUGGUACUUACAGAUACUAGUGUUGAUUGCAGGGCUGCUUGACAAUCCUAAGCUGGCUUUGGCUUCUCUCUCUGUCUGCUUGUUGAUUAAUGGGCUACUGUUCAAUGUUUCUGUUGGCUUCAACGCAGCUGCCAGUGUUAGGGUUAGCAAUGAGCUUGGAGCAGGAAACCCCAAGUCUGCAGCAUUCUCUGUUUUGGUUGUGACUUCUGUUUCUUUCAUCAUUGCUGUGGUGGAAGCUAUGACUGUGCUAGCGUUGCGCCACGUCAUCAGCUACGCCUUCACCAGCGGUGAGACUGUGGCCAAUGCCGUCUCCCAACUUUGCCCCUUCUUGGCGAUCACUCUCAUUCUCAAUGGUGUGCAACCAGUCCUGACUGGUGUGGCUGUUGGGUGUGGAUGGCAAGCAUUUGUGGCAUAUGUGAAUGUGGGAUGUUAUUACGUGGUAGGAAUUCCUCUUGGUUGUCUUCUUGGCUUUAAAUUCAACCUUGGUGCUCAGGGUAUAUGGUCUGGGAUGAUAGGAGGAACAUUGAUGCAGACCAUCAUUUUAAUCUGGGUGACAUAUCAUACGGACUGGAAUAAAGAAGUGGAGAAAGCUAGGACGCGUUUGGACAAAUGGGAAACACCAAAAAGCCACCUCUACGAAAUGUAUGCGGAGGAGAAGGUAAUGGCAGGAAAAGUUGAGGAUGCACUGAAGCUAGCGAGGAUGGCCGCUCGGUUGAAUCCGGAGCGGAGUAGUGAGAUCGAUCAGUUUAUUACUGUGUACAGUAUUCAUCUUGCUGCUGGUAGAAAGGUUGGCAAUUGGUAUGACAUUCUGGGCGUGGCAGACAAGAAGGCCGACACCGAAACCAUCAAGAAAAGGUUCAAGAAAUUAGCCCUGGCUGUUCAUCCAGAUAAGAACGCAUCCGCUGCGGCUGAGGGGGCGUUCAAGUUCAUAUCAGACGCUUGGAAUGUGUUAUCGAAUCCAAUAACAAGGAAAGCGUACGAUGCACGCUGCACUUCACGUCCGAGGAAAGGUGCUGCUCCGCCUCCUCCUCCUCCUCCUCCUCCUCCUCGUCAGGGUUUCGGUCGUCCAUUUCCACGGCAGUACAUGGGUGACGGUUGGAGCCGAAUCAACUUGUCUGCCAUUUAA